GAAAACUUACAGAUGUCUUAAAAAAUCCCGAAACCGAAGUGUCUUUAUGUUUAAUCUCUGCCUCUGAUUUGAUUUAUCCGAAUCCAACUCGAUGGAAGAAGAAUCAUCGAAACGACCCGACUCGAUCAACAAACCGCCGGAAUCUCCCGCGACCAAAUUCUCGUUCCCGAGACUCCUUCUCUGGUUCGAUCAGUCGAGCCGCCUUAAGACUCUGAUCUCAUGGUCCCUCUUCUUCCUCCUCGCUAUCAUCGUUCCAAUGAUCUCACACUUCGUGCUAGUCUGCUCCGAUUGCGAUUUCAAACUCCACCGUCCCUACGACGCAUUGGUGCAGCUUUCUCUUUCGAUCUUCGCCGGUAUCUCGUUCGUCAGCCUCUCGGCGUGGUCUAAGAGAUACGGUAUCCGAAAGUUCUUGUUCCUCCAUAAACUCAGUGACGUCAGCGACAAAGUUAGAGUCGGAUACGAAGCAGAAAUCCAGAGAUCAAUGAAGCCACUUGCUAUCUUUGUCCUGCCAUCACUAGCACUUCAAGCAAUCUAUCGCAUCUGGUGGUACGCUUCUGGCUCGACUCAGAUACCUUACCUAAUCAACCCAACGCUGAGCCACGUCAUAGCAUGCACACUCCAGCUCUCCUCUUGGCUCUACCGUACAUCACUCUUCAUCAUCGCUUGUCUCGUCUACCAAGUCGUCUGCCACCUCCAGGUCCUCCGUCUCGAUGAGUUCGCUCGCUGCUUCGCCUCUGAGAUCACUGACUUAAGCUCCACGCUCGCUGAGCAUUUGAAGAUCUGUCGUGAGCUGAAGGUUGUUAGUCACCGUUUCAGGCGGUUCUUAGUAUUGUCAUUGUUUUUGGUCACCGCCACUCAGUUCAUGGCGUUGCUUACCACCAUAAGAGCUAGUGUUCCCUUUAAUAUCUACGAAGUUGGCGAACUCGCGUUAUGCUCCAUAAGUUUGGUGUCAGGGCUUUUCAUAUGCUUGAGAAGUGCAACACAGAUGACACACAAAGCUCAAUCUCUGACAAGCAUCGCCACGAAAUGGAACGUCUGCGCCAGUUUAGACACGUUUGAUGAAGAUAAUGGAGAGACUCCUAAAUAUCCGACAUCCAGACAACAUUUCCAGAUUUUGUCUCGUCGUCGUGAUGUUAGUCGAUCACCUGAUGAUGAUGAAGAUGGAGAAGUAGAUAGUGAUCUUGACAAUACUACGAUACAUCCAAUCUAUACCCGGGCCAUUUCUUUCCAGAAACGUCAAGCUCUAGUGACCUAUCUAGAGAACAAUAAAGCUGGGAUCACGGUUUACGGAUUCUUGGUGGAUAAAACAUGGCUGCGUAUGAUCUUUAGCAUUGAGCUUGCUCUUCUUCUAUGGCUGCUCAAAAAGACAAUUGUGAACAUAACAUGAAAACGGAGCCAGUGUCUUGGUUACUUUCAAAACACACGACGAUAUUAGUGGCAGAGAGAUACUUUUUCCACAUUGGCGGUUAUCACAGUUAUUUUGUACACCGUCUAUGGAAUGGAAUUUAUGUAUGUUUAUCAGUGUUUGAUCUUUGUGAGUUAAAUAUGUUGUAUGUAUACAGCUCAUGUGUUGUUGAUUAUGUAAAACUGAUAUUCUUUCAUGAAUUUUUGAGGGAGUGUGUGACACCCUGACCCAGCAUAGCUGAUAUGAUUGGCGAUAUCAGGACACUUGUCUCUAGUCCUUAUGGCCAAAACAAUGUGUCUUUGGGAUUGUCUCAAGUCCUU